AUGGACGAUAUUGACGGAGUGGUGAGAAAAGACUAUCGAAUUCUUAUUCUGGGUAAUCGCUGCGUUGGUAAAACCUGUCUUGUUAAUCAGCUCUGCUACGAGAGGUUUGUCGAGCGCUACCGACCCACCAUCGACACGCCAUACAAGUACAACCUCAACGUCAGCAACACCAUCUAUGAGCUGGACAUACUUGACAGUGCUGGAAUGGACGAAUACUCCUUCAUUCCAGAAGACUUCAGCGCCAAUGUUUACGAUGCGUUCGUCUUCGUUUACGCGAUAGACAACUUGGAAAGCUUCAACAUCGUCAAACAAAUAAAAGACAAGUUGGAGCAAAAACGCGGCGCUUCCCUGGCCUCCUCCCAGAAAGCCGUUAUCCUCGUCGGAAACAAAACAGACUUGAACGGAAACCGGCAGGUCACUGAACAAGAAGGACAGCAGAUUGCUAGAUCUUGGAAUGCACAGUUUCUCGAAGUCAGCGCGAAGGAGGGCACCAAAGUCAAAUCAGUCUUCGAAGGCACGGUGAAGAAGAUUGAGGCGCUUAUCAACGGCACUGGUCGAGAAGCCAAGGAGAAAAAGUGCGUCAUUUCAUAA